GGGUGAAGGCCCAGCGUGGGGCCUCUAGCCCAGCGCGCUCGCGAAAGGGGCGGGGCGGCUCAGCGGCGCCACCUUUGGGCGUCACGGGCUCGACUGCUGCUUUUGGGCGGAGGGGUUUGAACAUGUCGCGCCUGAGGGGAGUAGCCGGCAGGGAUCCCCGUGCGGGUUUCAAACCUGAUGGGAGAGACUGCUGUACCUCCGUACCCCAGGGGCUGUUAAAGGCAGCGAGGAAGAGCGGCCAGUUAAACCUGUCGGGUAGGAACCUCAGUGAAGUGCCUCAGUGUGUCUGGAGAAUAAAUGUAGAUCUCCCCGAGGAAGCUAAUCAGAAUCUUUCAUUCAGUGCUACUGAACGAUGGUGGGAGCAGACGGAUUUGACCAAACUAAUCAUCUCAAACAAUAAACUUCAGUCACUUACAGAUGACCUUCGACUCCUGCCUGCACUGACUGUACUUGAUAUACAUGACAAUCAGCUGACAUCCCUUCCUUCUGCUAUAGGAGAGCUAGAAAAUCUUCAGAAACUUAAUGUCAGCCAUAACAAACUGAAAACACUCCCUGAAGAAAUUGCAAACCUAAGAAAUCUGAAGGGGCUGUAUCUCCAGCAUAAUGAACUAACUUGCAUAUCAGAGGGAUUUGAACAACUUUCCAAUUUAGAAGAUUUAGAUCUUUCGAAUAAUCGUCUUAGAACUGUUCCUGCUAGUUUUUCUUCUCUAUCCAGUCUGGUGCGACUCAAUCUUUCCAGUAAUCAGCUGAAGAAUUUGCCAGCAGAAAUAAGUAGAAUGAAAAGAUUAAAGCAUUUGGAUUGUAAUUCAAAUCUCUUGGAAACUAUACCUCCUGAAUUGGCUGGCAUGGAAUCACUAGAAUUGCUUUAUUUGUGGAGGAAUAAAUUACGUUUUCUACCAGAAUUUCCUUCUUGUAGACUUUUGAAGGAAUUGCAUGUAGGUGAAAACCAGAUUGAAAUGUUAAGGGCAGAACAUCUUAAGCAUCUGAAUUCUAUCCUUGUGCUAGACCUGAGGGAUAACAAGUUAAAGUCUGUUCCAGAUGAAAUUACACUACUGCAGUCUUUGGAAAGGCUUGACCUAAGCAACAAUGAUAUUAGCAGUAUAAGUAUAAUCAACUUAAUCUUUUGUAGUCUGCCCUAUUCUUUGGGAAACCUUCAUUUGAAAUUCCUAGCACUGGAGGGAAAUCCUUUGAGAACCAUUCGAAGAGAAAUUAUAAAUAAAGGAACCCAAGAAGUUCUAAAAUAUCUACGAAGCAAGAUUAAAGAUGAUGGACCUAGCCAAAGUGACUCUGUUACUGAGACUGCAAUGACACUACCAAGUGAAUCCAAAGUCAAUAUACACGCCAUCGUCACAUUAAAAAUAUUAGACUAUAGUGAUAAACAAACACCUUUGAUUCCUGAUGAAGUGUUUGAUGCAGUAAAAAGCAACAUCAUCACUUCUGUUAACUUCAGUAAGAAUCUGCUAUGUGAAAUUCCAAAAAGGAUUAUAGAACUGAAGGAAAUGGUUUCUGAUGUUAAUCUCAGUUUUAAUAAGCUUUCCUUUAUAUCCUUGGAGUUAUGUAUGCUUCAAAAAUUGACUUUUUUGGAUCUCAGGAAUAAUGUUUUAAAUUCUUUGCCUGAAGAAAUGGAAUCAUUGAUAAGACUACAAGUGAUCAAUCUUUCCUUUAAUAGAUUCAAAAUACUACCUGAAGUUCUAUAUCGUAUCCUCUCACUUGAAACUGUUUUGAUUAGUAAUAAUCAGAUUGGAUCUGUGGACGCUCAGAAAAUGAAGACAAUGGAAAAUCUGACCACAUUGGACCUUCAAAAUAAUGAUCUCCUACAUAUUCCACCAGAACUUGGUAACUGUGUACACUUAAGAACAUUACUACUAGAUGGAAAUCCAUUCCGUGUCCCUCGAGCGGCCAUAUUAAUGAAAGGAACAGCUGCUAUACUGGAAUAUUUGAGAGACCGAAUUCCUACUUAAAUUGGAGUUGUUUCAUAAUCCUGGUCAGGUUGAUUCUUAAAAGGAUAUAACAUUUUGUUUUAGUAUUAUCUUAAAUAUGAUUGCUGUAAUCUUGUAGUUUCCCAGUAUCACCUAGCCAUUUGUAUAAUUGGCCUGGGCCAUAUUCACUACCUUUAAAUAUUUUUACAUUAACAACUAUUUAACAUUUUUCUAAGGUGUUGUAUACAUUGAUAAUGGUGAAAACCACAUAUUAUGUUCAUACAUUUGUUGUGAAUAUUUUACACAGGAUUUAUCCGACUCACUUUCAUUUUCUUAUAGCAGG